ACCACCUGCUGCAAGGUACUUGGUGUCUUGGAGUGGGGCCUCACUGCUUUUUGGGGGCCAUCUGAGGCCCAGCAGCUAGGCUAUCAGAGGGGUGUGUGUGUGUGUGUGUGAGAGAGAGAGACAGAGACAGAGACAGAGAGACACAGAGAGAGAUAGAGAGUGUUUGGGUCCAGUAUUCCCAGUGUGAACCUGGGAAUCACAUUUUUAACAUAAUUAACUUAAAAGCCUGCACCCCCACCGUGAUUUGAACUGUUUUUCCCUUCUGUUGAAAUUGCUUGAUUUGGGAUCUUCUGUAGAUGGAGCUUUAGAAUAACGCAUGAAAUGAAAAGCUGCACAAGUCUAAAUUGGGGAAAAGGAACUGAACAAAAAUGUGCUGACUUGGAAAUGCUCAGAGCAGUUUUGAUGAAGUAUAGGGCUUUGGCCGAAUGACACCUGCUGCGGUUCUUCUCUCUUUCCCUGUUGCUUUAUUUUUGCCUGGGGAGAGUGAGUUUGCAAGACUCCUGAACAGGAAAAGCCACACCCAGUUUUUUAAAUUAUUUUUUUAUAAUACUUUUAUCUCAGAUGCAUGAGCUCUGAAGCCCGCUGGAGUGAAGGAAACCCGUGCCAUCUCGCCUUGGGGAAGGAGCCUUUUCUGGCCAUGUCUUCCACAGGCAUUGCCGAGCCCGAUGGGGACCAGAGGGACAGGCGGACCAGCAAGCUGGUUUUCUUCCUCUUUGUCUUCGGUGCUGUCCUGCUGUGUGUGGGAGUUCUGCUCUCCAUCUUUGGGUACCAGGCCUGCCAAUACGAACCUGUCCCCCACUGCAGCAUGGUGCUGAAGAUCGCUGGGCCCUCGUGUGCCGUGGUUGGGCUUGGUGCUGUGAUCCUGGCCCGUUCCCGGGCACGACUUCAGCUCCUGGCGGGAAGGCGGCGAGGCACCCAGGCUGACUCUGAACAAGCUUUCCUCUGUGGAGAGAGCCGCCAGUUUGCCCAGUGCUUGAUUUUUGGGUUUCUGUUCUUGACAAGUGGCCUGCUCAUCAGCAUCCUGGGCAUUUGGGUCCCUGGAUGUAGCUCAGACUGGGUUCAGGACCCAGUGAACGAGACGGACAUGAACGAGACGGACAUCAACAGUUCUGAGCCUCAGGUCUGUGGGCUCCUUUCCCUGCAGAUCAUGGGGCCUUUGGUUGUGCUCGUGGGAUUGUGUUUCUUUGUGGUUGCACAUGUUAAGAAGAAAAGCAACUUGAGUACCAGCCAGGAGGCCUCUGAAAGCGAAGAGGGACACACGCCCAGCACGGAGCCUGUGCAGGUCACCGUAGGUGACUCGGUGAUAAUAUUCCCACCCCCUCCACCACCGUACUUUCCUGAGUCUUCAGCAUCUGCAGGCGUUCGGAGUCCUGGGACCCUCAGCUCCCUUCCUGCUGACAGCCCACCUCCGUAUCACAGCCUGUUCAGCCAUGGGUAAGAAGAUUGUCCCUGCAACCGUAGAGUGCUCUUGUGUGAGUCUUUCAGGCCUAGGCCUGACCUCGGACCCAGCUAGCUUUGGGGCUGUGGUGCAACAGGAAGCGUCAGGCUGUUGAGUCUCAUUUGCUGGUGUUAGCUGAGGAUUAUUGCCUUGACAUUAACAGUACAUGUCUGUCAGGAAACUUUCGACAGGACUAAGUGAAAACUGAGAGGGAUUAAGCUGGGGAAAUAGAGCUCUUUUUCCUGCAUCUUGAGCCCUGCACGACAGGUCCAGGGACCAUGCCACAGUAGUGUUCACUGCUUCAGAUUGUGGGGAUGUUCAGGAGCCUGUAGCUGGUACAGCAAAUUUCAGUUAGUGGAGGAUGUUUGGGUGGCUGGCCCAAGUCCAUCAUACCGGACUUGUCCCAGCUGGUCCCACCCCUGCGCGACAGCCAUUCCCUGGGCCACUGAGCCUUUGCAGGUUGAUCAAGGAGAAGGUCCAGACUCCACCCUGCUCGGGGCUGGGGGGGCAGGCCUGAGACCUUGUGGGGCUGGGCCAGCGUGAGGGAGGCCUGCCUGCAGGCUGGUGCUGAGGAAGAGAGGGUGAUCAUAGUGCCCUCUAGGGUGAGCUUUGGCGAGUGGGGAGGUGCCCAGCUGGGAAAGGCCAGCUGGAUGUAGGCUGGGAGGAUGCUGGGGUGGCUGGAGAUGGAGUGACAGUGGGGAGGCGGUGUUAGAGGGAUACUGGAUAGGGCUGGGUCUUAUGAAGGAAUGGAG